CCAAACCCUCCAAGAUCCAAAUAGUUGUACUGACGCAGGUUUACAUGUCUUUGUCCAUGAUUGAAUUCAAUUCGAUUCAGCAAUAUGAUUCCAUCAACCCGAGCCAACCCGAGCCGAGCCGGUACCUCACCGUCAAUCUCAACCGUGACGCAACCUAAGCCAUUGAUGCGACACGGCUCCCCCUCUCUCCCGGAAUGGCGACAUCAACGGCUCGACCGUACCGUAUUACUCACUCUCCCCCCGACGCAUUCGGCUCACGCGUCCGGCACUUCGUCGCCGACGCAACUUCUUUAACCUCAACCCUUAACCCUUCCCUGCUUAACCCUACCAUUUUCCUCUCUCCUCCAGCCCCAUCCCCAUCCCGAUCUAAUCCCUUACAUCUCUUAUCUCCGAUCGUCGGUCACCUACGAUAUUUCUAUUUCCGCUGCCGCUCUCGAUGGGCGACAUGACAGAUUCCUUGACACCGUCGUCUGGCCACUCCCGACCCAUACCCGUUCGUGAAGACUGCUGGAGCCAGGAGGCUACCUCCACUCUCAUCGACUUUUGGGGUCGCCGUUUUGUCGAGCUCAACCGGGGGAAUCUCCGUCAAAAGGAUUGGCAGGAUGUGGCUGAAGCCGUCAAUGCCCUCCAUGGUCACUCCAAGAAGACUCACCGUACUGAUGUCCAGUGCAAAAACCGAAUCGAUACCAUUAAGAAGAAGUACAAGAACGAGAAGGCUAGAGUUUCCGCUUCCAACGGAUCCCUAACCUCCUCUUGGCCCUUUUACGAUCGCCUCGAUGUUCUUAUCGGAUCUAAUGUUUCUCUUAAAAAGCCAUCCACCUCCAUGUCUCCAUCUCCGCCGAUGGUGCGUCCUCUUUCCUACCGGAAGGCGCCGCCUUCGGGGACUGCAAAUGCGGUUUCUGUGGCGAUUCCGCAGAAGCGGCCAUUGGCAGUGGUGGAUGGGGGGCAUUUUCGCAGGAAUUAUUCGGCUAUGGCUGCAGCAGCAGCUGCUACAGAAGCAGAGGAGGAAGAGGAAGAGGAAGAGGAGGAGGAAGAGGAGGAGGAGGCGGAAGCAGAUGCGGAGGAGAGGGGUAUAGAGGAGGAGGAGGAGGGAGAAGGAGGGGGUAUGAGAAGGUUGGCCGAAGCAAUAGAGAGAUUUGGGAAGAUGUAUGAAAGGGUGGAAGCAGAGAAGUUAAGGCAGAUGGUGGAAUUAGAGAAGCAGAGAAUGCAGUUUGCAAAGGACUUGGAGGUGCAGCGAAUGCAGAUGUUCACGGAAACUCAAGUUCAACUCGAGAGGAUCAAGCGUGGGAAGAAAUCAGGUUCCAAUGACAUCUAUGGUUAGCGACAUUUGAUAGUCCAACGUUGUGUUGGAAGAGCUUCCACCUUUGUCUCGCCCUUCUCCAAGUACAUAUUAUUGCAGCUGAUAUGGGUAUAAGUGAACCGCUAAGGCAGACAGAUUGUUAGACCUAUUUCAAUAUUCUUAUUGUUCUUAGCUCUUUUUUUUUUUUUUUUUUUUUUUUUUUUUUUUUUUUUUUUUC